AUGUCUUUCCUCAGAACUGUCCGCCAGCCUCUCCUCCGGCCAUUGAGCCGUACGACUCCUCGCGUGGCCUUCGCCGGUCGUCGCUAUGCCUCGCAGGACUAUGGUUCACCAGAGGGCGACAUGGUGAAGGAGGCACCCAAGGACCGCGGCCCCAACCCUUCCGAGCAUCUCGAACAUCCCGGUCCACCACCGCCUUCCACUGCGGGUAAAAGCGAGCAGCAGACACAGCAAGGUGGUCAACAACAGCAACAGCCAAAGUCCGAUAACAGCGGCAACAACAAAGGUACGCAAGCCGCCCAGCCCAAGAUUCUGAAUGAGUCUCCGCCUCAAGAAGAACAUGCGUCGGAGGAAGUGCAGAAGCACAAUCAGGAGGUAGAUCGACGAGCUGAACAAGCCGCUUCAAAGGAUCGAAAUGAAGACAUUGAGAAGGAUAAGGUUGGCAAGGAUUUCUGGAGUGGUCACGGAGGAGCCGAUAGACAGCCAUAG